AUGGUUACAUCGAUUCAACAUAUUUGUCAUUAGAAACAUCAGAGUUCUACCUAAGCCAAUUUCCUGAUCAACAGUAUCAACAAAACACAAAAAAUUCAUUGAAGAAUGCAGAUCGAUAAAGGAAUUUGCGUUUUACCAAAAAGAAAAUGGAAUUCUUUAACUAAUUGGCUGACUGAAAAACAACGUGAGAAGGAAAAACAGGAAAAAGAGAGACUAUACUUGAAGUACAUGAAGGAAAUGAGUACUGCUCUAGUGGCCGGACAUGACUCAAAAAAGGAAGCAGCAGCCAAACGGCUAGAUGACAAGAAAAACCAACUGGACCGUAAAUAUGAAGCCUUAACACAAGAUUACUUACGCAUAAAGGAAAAUCAAAAAAUGGAAAGACAGGAAAUUGUGAAGAAAUAUCAAAGAGAAACAAUAAUAAACAGAACUCCCACUUUGGAAUUAUCAAGAGCAUUAAGAGAAGCCAAAGUUCUACAUGAAAGGGAGAAAGAUAUUGAAUUGAGGAAGGAGAUAAGGGAGAAGGAAGAAGAAAUGGAAGAGAAGGAAACGAACGAGUUGAAACGUCAAUGGAAAGCUCAUGAUAUUUUCCAACAGAAGAAAGAAGAGAAUCAAAAAUGUAGAAUAAUCGAAACAAAAGCGGAAGUGUGGAAACAGUGCCAGGAAAAUCGAAGGAAAAAACAGGAGGAAUAUAAGAAUCAAGUCAACCAAGAGAAAAUGGAUCUCUCAAGAAUGACUGAAGAAUUAGAAAACAAGGAGGAAGUUAGGAGAGAACAGCUGUUAUCAAACAAGAAGAAAGCAUUGUCGCUCUUGAAGAAGGCCGCUGAGGAUGCCCACCAUAGACGUCAUUCCAAAAAGAAAGAGGAACAGGAACUCUACAAGGUUAACGAAGUUAUCAAUAAUGUAUUCAAUACGAGGAAUUGCCUCGUUACAUCAAGUUUAAAAAAGGAAGCGAGAGAUAGAGUGAGUCAACAUGAAGAAUCAUAUGUGAAAUAUAUUUCACAACUACCGCCAAUCGAGCCAAGUGAGGAAAUAAUUUUUCAAAAUGGAGUUCGCCAUUAUCAGAAGGAAUACGAACGAAAAAUGGAGGAAAAAUUGUUGAAGCACAAGAAACAUAGCGAAGAUAGAAUAAACAAUUACAAAGACGAUAUGAGACGGCAAAAAAUUAAAGAGGAUGAAGAGGCCGAGUUGAAACGCAUGGAAAUGAUGGAAAGAUACAAAAAAGCAGAAGCAAUGAAGCACUUGGACGAAGUUAAUAGAAAAGAAGAAAUUAGACAGAAGAAGAAUUAUGGACAGGAACUUCUGAGACAAGCAGAAGAACAGAAGUUCAUAAGAGAUCACGAAAAGAAAUUGGAAGACGAAUAUGUCGCUUAUAGCUUCUCUCAACAAGACGAUCAUUUUGCUGAGUAUGCGGAUGAAGUUAUUAGUUUUGCAAAAGAUAAGAAAUGGUCCACUGUUCCUAUUAGAAAAGUAAUCGAGAAUUAUAAGAAAACCCAACCAUUGAUACUGAGGAAGAGGACAGAAACUCCAUGUGGAAAAAAGCUUUUAUUAUCUUACAAGGAACAAUUCAUCAAUGUACCUUCUGAAGUUCAGAAAAAAUUCGUUGAUUUAGACUCACAGUUAAUGCAUGAAAGAUAAUAGAACAUUAGGUAUAAGCAAACAUAUAUCAACAAUAAUACUCUAAUAAGGAAUAUUUUGGUUUCAAUCACAAGGCUAAUUUAAUCGACAAUUAUUAGUUUUUAAUUCUAUUAUUAUACAACAUAUAGGUACAUAUAUUUUUACUUUUAGAGACAUUGUUGUCUGAUAAGUAUCACUUAAAAUAAUGUUAUUUUUCAUUUUGUAAUUUUCCAUUCACAAUCCUGUAAGAAAUAAAUAUACAUACUAUACUUAUAGAGAA